UUGCGUAUGUGUCAGUCAUCACCGCACCAACAAGGGGGAGUGGGUGCACUUGUGGAAAUGGAAAAUCAAUUCAUCGUCAUUUUUCUCCAGCCCAGCAGAAAAUGUAGUGCAGGAUAUUGUUGUGGAAAAGUGGCAAAACCAUUGUAAAUUUGAUCCGUUCGCUGUUCUCGGAAUUAAUUCCAUCCAACAAGAGUGCAUAAACGAGGCGUUUACAUCGCUGCGGAUUCCUAUUUUCGACGAUGCUUCGAUAGAUAGUGGAAAAUAUUACUGUAACAGAAGAACAGUGUUCUCUGCCUCUGGUGUGCCGUCAAGAGAAAAAAAAAAACAGUUCCUACGAAAAAUUUCUCUUUUCGGUUUUUAAAUAGUUUUCAUUGGCGUAAAAAUAAUACAAACAGCGGAAAGACAUCAGGUGGUGGUGUCUAGUGCAAAAAAAGUUCUGCCGUGAACCCAGCAUAGACCAGUCGUUGACAUUGGUGCUCCUCUUCACUGGCCCUAGUGUUGUGGGUGGGGAUCCAGUUGACUCCCUUGGCGAUCCUUGAUGUAGAUACCGUCUUAGUCACUGUGCUGCACAAUAAACGGAAUCAGGCAAAAUAUUACAUUUGCGUAAAGAGAGAAGGAGGUUCUUGGAUCGGUUUGGGUGGGAUAUGGGAUCGGAAAAAAUGUCCGAUAAAUAUUCCCACCGCGACAUCGACAACAACAAAUGGCUAUAUUUGAGAAACGACUCGAACAAAAGGUCGUCCUAGAUGAUACGGAACCGAUCACCUGUACUAUUGAAACGGCACAAAAUAUCGAUGGGCAUACGGAAUACGUUCUAAGAGCGCAGCGUGGACCAUACCCUGAAAACAGUUGGCGUAUACUAAGGCGUUACAAUGACUUCGCUUCGCUUAACAAAUGCUUACAAAUAUCAGGAAUUGAUUUGUCAUUUCCCGGCAAGAAGUUCAUUGGUAAUAUGCGCCCUGAUUUCAUAGCUGAGCGGUUAAUUGCAUUACAGGAGUUCUUAAAUCAAGUACUAAUGAAUCCCAUUUUGGCAUCCUCAUUACCGACCAAAAAGUUCAUCGAUCCGGACAGCUAUUCGACGCCGUUCCAUGAUCUUGCUCUGCAAUAUGCAUCAAUGUGUUUACGUACGGACGGCGUCUUCACGCUGGGUCAAUCAUUGGGCCCGAUAGGAUGGCGUCUGCGGAAGCACUACUUCAAAGUGGUGCACAAACCGCAAGGAAAUAAACACUCACCGGGUCACUCCAACACCAAACAUCAUCUGAUCAAAUCGAGUUCGCAAUCGCACGGCAAACAGCAUACGACCCAGGUUUGUGUAACAACGUCAACGGAGAAGGAUUACAACACGAAAGAAAGCGGAAAGGAUGAUCUGAUUCUGACGUGGACAGAGUUUGGCCCGGAUAAGUACAUUGACGAGAAGGAGAUUCACAAUGUGCUGAAGAACUUUGGCAGCGUGCAACAUCCGUACAUUGCUCCAAUAGAGUAUAUCGCUUCGAACGACAAUGGAGCGCUGGUCAUACGCAAGUUUUACAAACAGGGCAGUCUCAAGGAUGUCCUUUGUGCGGCGUCUCCUUGUAAUCCGUUCUUGUCGAAAUACGGUAGCCCCAAGGGUCGAGCUCCGUUGCCACUGAAGGAGCUGGCACUGUAUGCGCGACAGAUUUUAGAGGCUAUUCGGUUUUUGCAUUCGAAAGGGAUGGCUUGUGGGCACGUGCAUUGCGGCAAUGUAUUGAUUGUCGACGGAGUGGCACGCCUAAUGGACGUAGAAAACUUCAUUUUUGGGGUGCCCUCGUUCUAUCGGCCAUUCUUUGUGCAGCACAGCAAGAUAAACACAUGUGAGGCUAUUGACGUGUAUGGGUUUGGGCAUCUCCUGUACGAGAUGUGCAUGGGGUACCCCUUGCAAGACUCCUACGCCAGACAAAUCCUUGACUGUCCAGAUAGUUUAAAGGCACUGCUGGAAUCAAUUCUCUCCAAGGAUGCAUGCAAAUCGGCUCUUCCAACGUUAGAUCAACUGGCCGCGCACCCUUUCUUCGGGGAGUACGCUGCGAGUUUCAACGAUCAGUACGCGAUGGCGAUUGCUGCCCAGAAGCCCCACCUUAAAUUUUCAACCAAUGCCAAAGAACAGCUGAAGCUUGCGAUCCAGAAAACGGAGAACCGGGUUCGAGAUGAGCAAAAAUCGGUGAAAAAUCAAAAACGUCUAGUCAGGGUGCAGGAGAUGAUGACUUCCGAGGAGGAGAAGAAGAAAAUCAAGCAUAAGGCGAAACAGGAACAACGACAGGCAAAGCUGCGCGCUCAAAAUUCGCUGCAACUGAACAAUGGACCUCCGCAAAUGGUCACGGUGAGCGCGAGUUCCGGAUCGGCUGGUGCUGUUAUGGUCAAGUCGGACAGCGCCAACAGUAUUGUCUCACCACACGAUGCGGCGCUAAUGUCACCCCCACCGCAUGCAACCGACAGCGGAGGCAGCGCUUCGUCUCCUUUGCCGCCUCCAUCUGCACCACCGAUUCCUCCGCCAUCGUCUCUGCCACUAUUCGAACAGGCCACUGCGUCGGGUUUGGGAUCCUCUUCCAAUGGGAGGCAUUUGGUCAAGUCAAUUUCCGGAGACGAUCACAGCAGCUCCAACCGCAGUGCCCUGUUGGAAUCCAUUUGUAACUUCAACAAAAGUGGUCUCAAGAAGAUUAACAUAAGCGACUAGUGAGAUAUGACUUUCGAAAACAGUUGGAUGUGUAGAUUCAUAUAUCCUAUUGAUCGAAUAUUGGGUAAAACUAGGCAGUAAGCUUGUGUAGGAAAUGUAAUAUCCUCCUCUUCUAGCGUGCGAUCCAAACUGAACACUAUGCAACCACAUCCAAAAACUACAACAUAACAAACUAGCAAGCAUUAAACUGAAGGAAGUGUUUUGGACCAAUUUUUUCGUACUCUAUAGAUAAACUUUAAAGAUAACUACAAACAACUCGUAGAUAACCGAAAUCCAACAGGAAUUGUUUAAUCGAAUGGAAUCGUCGAAAGUCGUUGCAAGAUUGAGCUGUAAAGAUGGACAGAUCACAUGCUUUACUAGGUGGUAUGUUCCCAGUGUUUUGAUUUAUAUGUUUUACUAUGGUUUCCUGAUGCUUGGAAACUGUUUUUUAAUUUUAUUUUGUUGACAGUGUUUUUGUGGAAUACUACCACCGUAUACCCAUCAAUCAAAGACUCUAGGACAAAAUCAAAUUAACAAAUACGAAUGGAAUGUCGAUGAUAAAUAAACUUAUUGAAUAGCAAACAAACUUCGGAUCAAAUACUAAUGGGACGAUCUUAAUCGAAAUGGAUAUGUUUCCUGCACGUUUAUGGCUUUAAACAGAGAGAAAGUAUUAUCGGUAAACUUAUGAAGGAAGUAACAAGAAUAACACAAACACACCUAUAAAAACCAUGCACAGAUAGGCACAUUAAAUGGCUAGGCGUAACAGAGAUAUUAGGCAGUUAUUUGUAGUUGUUGUUAUGUGAAAAGUAUUGUGAAAAAAGGAUAUGCAUCGUUUAUCUUCCAAAAAUCUUCACUAUAAAACUAGUGCGAUUUGUUUAUUCAUUAUUCGUUUGCCUAUUGCUUUUAUUGUCUCCUAUCUGGGGAAGUUAA